AUAACACCGCGUAAUUCAAGCGAUUUGCAUAGCGACUAUAGUGCAGACUACCGGCCGCGGUGAAAAUUAGUUUCUGUGAAUGACAAUUGGAAGGAAGUUCGCCCGGACCCGUUCCAACAAUUAAUGCUACAAGCAUUAUGCUACGAUCAACAAAUAAAUGCAACGUUUGUACCGGUCCACUUUGUUUAAUAACCUAAAAAAAUGUAUAAAGACUUGUUAAAUAUCGGGACGAACGUUAAAAAAUGUCCGAAAGAAACUUUGACCCCCUACAAAAUAGCCGUUGUUAUAUUAAUCAAGGAAUACUGUAGCGAGACGACGAAAGCAAUAGUGGAAAGACGCGACUUUUGCAUACUCGCGUUAAAACUUAUUCAGUCACCAGAUUUGGAUCUUCGCAGUUUGUUGAAGCUCAUUCGCUCCGAAGAAUACAUCCUGCAGAGAUUGGCUAGCCAGCUGGAAAACAAAUUCGAAUUGUUAUACGAAAUGGGAGUAAAAGGUUUGCUGGAUUUGUCGGACAGUCUGAUGCACCUAAUGGACCCUGCUCUGGACCUCUGUCACUCCCAUCCGGCUCUGAACAAAAAUUCAGUGCUCGGACUGUACACUCGAAGGAUAGUCAUAUCUUUGGAAAAGUUGAGCUUUUACCAAGUUGUUGCAUUAUACGAGUCCUUCAAAUCCUAUUAUCACGAUACGUGGGGCCCGGACAACUCCAGGGUCUCGAUCGGACUUGACAAUAACGACUCUGGAGAACAUAAAAACAAAGUUGUCUGGGGAGGAAGACAAGCGGAAUUACUAGUGGCGCAGCAGGCUCUUGCCCUCCAAACAGAUGAGCAAAGAGCUCUGCCCCCAGCCGAAUUGCAGGGUCUGGUCAAAGAGCUGCUGAAUUGUAGCCCGUAUUAUGCGGAAGCGCAUUACCUGAGCUACUUGAAUUGUUUACGGGUGAACGAAUACUGCGGUGCCGUAGACAGUUUGUAUCAUUGUUUUGAUCGACUAGCACCUUUCGAGAAUCGCACACCCACCGAGGACAGAAACCGAACAUUCAGAUACGCAGCCUUGAAUCUUGCCGCUCUUCACGCGCAAUUUGGUCACAAGAAAGUUGCAUUGGCAGCUUUGAACGAGGCGAUCAUGCUGGCGCAAGAAGCUGGUGACAACGUAUGUCUCCAGCACGCUCACUCUUGGAUGUAUCAUCUGAUCGACGAUCAAAACAGAGGUCAACUGAUAGAGCGAUCCGUCGGCAAAGCUAGCAUGCUAGGGAUCACCCAUACCACUAGCCUCGGUUUGAUAGCAUCUGCCCACUACAAUGCUCUGGAAUCGAAAAGUCCGCCCGAAGUCUUUGAGACUCUGGUCAAGUCCGAUGUGCUCAAUUGCCAGCACUCAAUGGCUGACCUGAUGUCGAUGUCCUACGUAGAGAAGGCAGCUUUGUGGACGUACUACGGCAAGACCAAAAUGUCUUCCCUUUGUUCCCAAUUAUUGCUUUUACACAACGCCGGCGACAAGAAACACCACAUGUUCAACGGCUCGUCGACCUGUCAAGCCGUGGUCAAUGUUGCGAAUACUUUUGUCGAGCUGGGGGAAUAUACCUUGGCCGAGGUAGUGCUAUCGCACGCCAAAGACAGAUUUCCCAACGAGCCUAGCAGCAAAAUAUGGAUGUUGAGCGAACAGUUGCACCAAUUCACGAGGAUAAUGAGACACGAGAAAUGGAGCGAAGCGGAAGCAAUCGCUGUACGACUUUCGAGCAUAGACCCUCUGGAGAGCAAGUUCAGGCGAGCUGAAGUUUCUCUGGCCAAAGGUGACUACCCCGGUGUGAUGGAGCUGAUCGGCGACAUCCAAGAAAAUAAAGGACUAGAUCCCCUGGAUCAAGUGCGAGUCAUGAUAUUAUCGAGUCAGGUUAUGUGCUCCUCCAGGCUUCCCGGCCUUGGGACUACAGGAGCGAACCCUCUUUUUCUCUUGAAUACCGCCUUAGAGAUAGCGGACCGAAAGUAUCUCUCGUACCAACAAGCUAUCAUUAAAAUGCAUCUGGCCAACAUCCAGCUUACAAUGGACAUGCCUUCUCGAGCCAUGAAUUUAGUCGACGAUGCCAUCAUCCCGAUACUGAGUCAUGGCGGUUGCUUUGAUCGAGGAAGGGCUUUUGUCCUGUACGCUAAAUGCCUGGUCGCAUCUUCUGUCUCGGAUGCUGCAGAUGUACGGAAUAAAACAUUGCACAGCGCCAUAAACGUACUGUGCAAGGCUAAAGACCACUUCAACAAAAUUGAGGCGUUCAGCAGAGUCAAAAGUACGUUGUAUCUAAUGGGUAUGCUUUACAACGAGCUGGAUCUGAAAGCCGAACGAAAUCGAUGCGCCUUUGAAUACCGCCAAUUGGACGUACAAUUCCCCACCAAGGCAGAUACCAUUGCUAUCUUUUGAACCGACUGAAUUCAUGUUGAAGAUAUUAUUUAUUGUACCAUGAAAUUUGCCACAACAAUUCCAUACUUGUUGAUAUUUUGUAUUUUUUUUUUUAAUAAAAUAAAUUACUUGAAA